AUGGUUAUACGACAGCCAAGCAUCAGUUCUGAACAGAAGACGGCAAUGAUCAGCGCAGCUGAGUUUUCUGGUAAUGGCUUUCAUACUUCGCUGCCAACUCACUGUUUGAUCGCCUCUGGCUCUCUUCCGCCCUUUACUUUUGCGAAAACAGCCCUUCGAGGAAGUCGGUCAACUGGCAUACGCAGAAAGUGGUCGAGCCAGGGCAACCUAUGCAGUGUGAUAAGUUCAUCUAUCGAGGUUGGUCUACUUUGUGUUUCAACUCAGCAGCUUGAAAUUCCAAAAUUCGUUUCGUAUCCUCAAGUUCGGAAAUCUGACAAAAAAAGACCAUUGAUGUGGCCCGUCUCGGGGUCCUCAUCCAGGAAGACGACAGCGACCAGCGCAGCUGAGUUUGCUGGUAAUGGCCUUCAUACUUCGCUGCCAAGUCAUUGUUUGACCGCCUCUGGCUCUCUUCCACCCUUCACA